GCGGCGACACGGCCGAUGACAACAUUAGGCCGCGACGCCCUCCAGGCCGGGUGGUAGUGGUAGCGGCAACCCUAGCGGCUGCAGCGUUAGCUUUCGCCGCGGCAGCUGCCGCCACCGGUACCCCGCAGACACAGGGACAGUGGGGGCCCAACCUCGCCGGCGGACUGCGGGGCCGGAGUUCUCGUCUUACUGGAGGGUCGAGCCUGCAGCGCCUCCGCAGCGGUGAGACAGAGCCUUCAGUUUGGGCUCUCUUUCCCCCUGCCGCCGGCGACAGCAGCCGAGAGAAGUUGAGGUCGGACCGGACGUGUGCAGGGCCCCAGGAGAACCGGUCACCUGUGCCCCGCCAAUCCGGGGUCUCCGCAUCGAUCUUGCCAUAUUCAGAAGUUGCUGAAGUUCAAGAGACACUUCUUGGUGAUAGCAAAGAUGUCCUUGCGCCAUCAACUGUGAUAGCAAACAGUGAAGAAUCUCAACUUCUGACACCGGGAAAGAUGAGUCAUCGCCAAGGGAAAGAAGCUUAUCCAACGCCAACCAAAGAUUUGUACCAGCCAUCUUUUAGUCCAGCAAGUCCUCAAAGCCAGGGUUUUGAAAGAGGAAAGGAAGACAUCUCUCAAAAUAAAGAUGACUCUUCACUUUCUAUGUCAAAGAGCAAGUCUGAAUCUAAACUUUAUAAUGGCUCGGAAAGGGACAGUUCUGCUUCAAGCAAGCUCACGAAGAAAGAAUCUCUCAAGGUGCAAAAGAAAAAUUACCGAGAAGAGAAGAAAAGAGCCACAAAGGAGUUGCUCAGUACAAUCACAGAUCCUUCUGUUAUUGUUAUGGCUGAUUGGUUGAAGAUUCGUGGUACUCUAAAGAGCUGGACCAAAUUGUGGUGUGUGUUGAAACCCGGGGUGCUGCUGAUCUAUAAAACCCAAAAAAAUGGCCAGUGGGUAGGAACAGUCCUUCUAAAUGCUUGUGAAAUCAUUGAGCGUCCAUCAAAAAAGGAUGGCUUUUGUUUCAAACUUUUUCAUCCUUUGGAGCAGUCUAUUUGGGCAGUGAAGGGUCCAAAAGGUGAAGCAGUGGGAUCCAUAACUCAGCCCUUACCUAGCAGUUACUUGAUCAUCCGAGCUACUUCAGAGUCAGAUGGAAGGUGCUGGAUGGAUGCUUUGGAAUUGGCUUUGAAAUGUUCUAGUCUUCUUAAGCGUACAAUGAUCAGGGAAGGAAAGGAACAUGACCUGAGCAUUUCAUCAGAGAGCACACAUGUGACCUUAUAUGGCUUAUUACGUGCUAACAAUCUCCACAGUGGUGACAACUUCCAGUUAAAUGAUAGUGAGAUAGAACGACAGCAUUUUAAGGACCAAGAUAUGUAUUCUGAUAAAUCUGAUAAAGAAAAUGAUCAAGAGCAUGAUGAGUCUGACAAUGAAGUGAUGGGGAAAAGUGAAGAAAGUGACACAGACACAUCGGAAAGACAAGAUGACUCAUAUAUUGAACCUGAGCCUGUGGAGCCUUUGAAGGAGACCACCUACACUGAACAGAGCCAUGAGGAACUCGGAGAGGCAGGUGAGGCUUCUCAAACAGAAACUGUGUCUGAAGAAAACAAAAGCCUUAUCUGGACGCUGCUGAAACAAGUCCGUCCUGGCAUGGACCUGUCCAGGGUGGUUCUGCCUACAUUUAUUUUGGAACCUCGUUCUUUCCUGGAUAAACUUUCCGAUUACUACUACCAUGCAGAUUUCUUAUCUGAGACUGCUCUUGAAGAAAAUCCUUAUUUCCGUUUGAAGAAAGUAGUGAAAUGGUAUUUGUCAGGAUUCUAUAAAAAGCCAAAGGGACUGAAGAAACCUUAUAACCCUAUACUUGGUGAGACUUUCCGUUGUUUGUGGAUUCAUCCCAGGACAAACAGCAAAACUUUUUAUAUUGCUGAACAGGUGUCUCAUCACCCACCAAUAUCUGCCUUUUAUGUUAGUAACCGAAAGGAUGGAUUUUGCCUUAGUGGUAGUAUCCUGGCUAAGUCCAAGUUCUAUGGGAACUCAUUAUCUGCAAUAUUAGAUGGAGAAGCACGAUUGACUUUCUUGAAUAGAGGCGAAGAUUAUGUAAUGACAAUGCCCUAUGCUCAUUGUAAAGGAAUUCUUUAUGGCACAAUGACACUGGAGCUUGGUGGAACAGUCAAUAUUACAUGUCAAAAAACUGGAUAUAGUGCAGUACUUGAAUUUAAACUAAAGCCAUUUCUAGGUAGUAGUGACUGUGUUAAUCAAAUAUCAGGGAAACUUAAACUGGGAAAAGAAGUCUUAGCUACUUUGGAAGGCCAUUGGGAUAGUGAAGUUUUUAUUAAUGACAAAAAGACUGAUAAUUCAGAGAUUUUCUGGAAUCCAACACCAGACAUUAAGCAACGGAGGUUAAUAAGGCACACUGUAAAAUUUGAAGAGCAGGAAGAAUUUGAAUCAGAGAAACUCUGGCAGCGAGUAACUCGAGCCAUAAAUGCGAAAGACCAAACAGAAGCUACUCAAGAGAAGUAUAUUUUAGAGGAAGCUCAAAGGCAAUCUGCCAGAGAUCGGAAAACAAAAAAUGAAGAGUGGACUUGCAAGUUAUUUGAACUUGAUCCACUCACGGGAGAAUGGCAUUACAAGUUUGCAGAUACUCGACCAUGGGACCCCCUUAAUGAUAUGAUACAGUUUGAAAAAGAUGGUGUUAUCCAGACCAAAGUGAAACAUCGUACUCCAAUGGUUAGUGUCCCAAAAAUGAAACAUAAGCCGACCAGGCAACAGAAGAAAGUGGCAAAAGGGUAUUCAUCCCCAGAACCUGAUAUUCAGGACUCAUCUGGAAGUGAAGCUCAAUCAGUAAAACCAAGCACAAGAAGAAAGAAAGGGAUAGAACUGGGAGACAUUCAAAAUUCCAUCGAAUCUAUAAAACAAACACAGGAAGAAAUUAAAAGAAAUAUUAUGGCUCUUCGAAAUCAUUUUGUUUCAAGUGCACCUGCAACGGAUUAUUUUCUGCAACAGAAAGACUACUUCAUCAUUUUUCUCCUGAUUUUACUUCAAAUCAUAAUAAACUUCAUGUUUAAGUAGUUCUUUACAGUUGAAUCAAUGGACUGGAAUGAUCAGAUUCAGCCUGGGACCAAUGUUCAAGUUGAUUUGGUCUUUAUUAAAACAUCAUUUUGAAACAAAACCUUAGAGAUAAAUGUGGAGGUUUUGACUUUUCAUACCUUUUAUCAUUAACCUGAAAUAAGAACUGUUCUAUUUGGUUAUUAAAGUGAGCUAUGUGUUAAGUGCCAGAACAUUUCUAGCUUUUGUGAGAAUGUGUCUACAUGUGAAUGUAAUAAAUCCACAUGUAUACACAAUUGUGUCUUAUGUAUACCCAAUAGUAAGUAGCCUUUGUAUUCUAUAGUAUGUUCUGAGAUACAGCACUAAUGUUCAUAACAAAAAUACUAUCAAUAUUAUAAAUAUAUGUAUGAUAACCUAUUUUCUACAUAAUAGGUACAAACUUCUAUCAAUAAGGAAUCACAAAAUGGGAAAUGAUGGUAUAAUAGACAUAUUAUAAAUAGUUCAAUAGACAGUACUGUUUAAAAAAAUCAUUUCCAGUGUACCCAACUCAGUUGUCUUCUUAGAAACACCAAGGAAAAAGUGUGGUCAAAAUUGAUAUAUUGAGAGAUACAAGGUGGCAAAUUGCUUUUCUUAAAGUUUAUACAAGAUUUUUUUUACGCCCUCAAAUUUAAUAUUUAUAGAUACAGGUACAAAUGUAUACAUGUGUAUAUCAACAUAAAAAUGGUAUGCAGGUACUUGGAUCUGUUGAUUAUAUCUUUGUUAUACCUAUAGAAUACUACCUUAAGCACUUGCUGAUAAAAUUGUGGUCAAAAUUGGUUGCUGUCCUUUUUUCUUAUUUUUUUUUUUAACUUGGUCCAAUAACACAGGCCAAAUUUUAGAAAUGUUUUAGGACAUAUGAAGUGUUUAUAGGGCAUAUGCAGUUCAUGUCUUUUCAUUAUGAAAAACUCAUUUUAGCUUUCAUUUAGACCUUAGUGUGUUCCGUGAAUAAGUAGAAUAGAAGAAAUUAUAACCAACAUUUACUUCAAAAGCCAAAUAAGAGAAAGGUGAUAAGAAAAUACACUUUGUGUGGUGGCAUUUAUGUGUAUAAUAAAAUUGAUUUCUUUAAAAUGUGCAGUAAGUUGAGCAUCUAAGAAGAUCAUCAAGUUCUGGAGUUUAGUUUUUUUAUUCUCCUCCUUGGUCUUGGUAACUUCCUUCUGUUGCAAAAGCAUAAUUCUUAAAGAUUCCUUUAGUCAGGCACAGGCAAACUUUUUCCUAAAUUUUUUUUAGUUUACUAUUUUUACUCUAUGUUUUUACAUAAAUACAGUCCUCAAAAGCAAUAUUUGCAAAUGUAAGUUAAGCUUAGGAACAUGUUGUUCUAAGAUAUAUCUUAGAAUCCGGAAAGGAUCGAUUUUGAAAUGGUUAUUAAUGAAAAUUAUGUCAGAAUAAUUGCUCUGUCUACAUUUGUCUUGGACUAAGAAGAGACUGUUAGACACUAGUAAAAUUACAGUCAGCUGUUUAAUGCCAUGAUAAAUAUAAAAUCAAAGGAUGGUUGCUAAAUUAUGAAAAUUGAAAAUGAUAAAAAGCCUGUUUUUUUCUCCCUAACCAAUAUAACUGUCUUAAUUAUUCUUUUGUUUUAUGGAGAGCAAUUUCCCAUAUAUUGUUGAUAAAACAAUCUGUAUUCCAUAUGUACAUGUGAAGCAUUUUUUAAAUUGAUUAAAACUUAAAUAAGAUGCAACUAUAUCCAGUAUAAGUAUAGGUAUAACAUGACUACAUUAGAACAAGUGGAGUUUUUUGGUUUGUAUUUCAUACUUGCCGAUAUGAUUUUUGUACUCAUUUUCUGUUACCAAUGUUAGGCUCAACUGCCUAUUCACUGAUAUAUAUUUUGUAAAUAUUGUACAAUUUGAUCUUUUUUAUGGUUUAAAUUACUAUUAAUUUAUAUUAUAUAUAACUUGAUUGGCUGAUCACAAAGUCAUUUCACCAUUAAACCCUGAAAAUUUUAAAUUUUUGUUGAUAACUCCCUUUUGGGGAUUUAGUCUUAUCCACCUGUGGGUUAUUUACAUUUGGUCUAAAUAGUGUUUAUUUGUAUAGGUAUCUUCUAAGACAAGAAAGGUAGUUAUUUUCUUUAUUUUUUAAAAUUUCCCUUAUAGGGUAGAUGUUAUGGAUUCUUAUUACGCAGAGUCAAAAACCAUUUCAUAAGAAAGAGCGGGGUUAUGACUGUUACACUAAAAGGAUGUAUCUAAUCUAAUUGUUUUCUUACGCUUUUAUUUGUGUUAGUUCCUUUCUGCAAACUGAACACAAAACUCAGGAAUUGGUGGCUUAGUUUUAGAUCAGUGCUUAUACCAGGCUUAGUAUGUGAAUCCUUUAAAACACAUCAUUAACUUUGUAGUUAGCCAUAUAUGUAAUUGACUUUGAGUGUUCUCUAUCUGGAAUUAAUCUUCCUUCACAAAUGGAUUCAUAAUGAAUGUGAUUUAUAGUUUCAGUUGUCUGAGAACUGUAGGAUUUAAGACCUUACUGCUUUUUCAUUUAAUAAAAAAAAUUUUUUUUCACAUGAAAAUUUAGGUAAGAAUUAUUGGCAUGUGCUUUUCUAUUUUGGUACUAUGCCUUCAAUCAUUCACCAUUUAAUGAGAUGUAGCUGGCCCAGGAAAAGACAGUAAAUAGGGCAUGUGAAAUAAGUAAGUUUCAGCAAUAGAUAUUUUACUUGUAUUUCAUGUCAGCAGUUUUUUGUAUCACUUAUAAAGAUACAGUGUAAUCUUUGUCACCAUUCCAUCGAAAAAGUUGGCCUUGUAAAAUAUAACCCUCAUUUAGUAGUAUUCACGCUUUUGUGCCUUUAAGAAAUACUUUUACUCAUUUUGUGUUACAGAACUAUACAAUAGGAUUCAAGUGUUUAUAGGCUUAAGUGUCAUAAAGGGUCAUUUCUCUGUCAUCUUAUUUCCUUUUAUACAGCUAAGUAUAUUUCAGUGGUAAUGCUGUACUUUUUAUAAGGGGGUGUCUGUUUACCUAUUUCAAAUAUUGUUCAUUAUCAAACAUCAUUAAAGUAGACUUGUCAGAUUAUUCUGAGUAUUGUAAACAGUGCCUUUUUGAUGGAAUUUACACUGUUUUGGGUGUCAACUUGUGCCAUAAACACACAAAAUUCUGUGAAAGGCAGUUUUAACUUUUUGAAGAAUAUCUUAGUCAAAUAUUUAAGAAAACAAAUGUAUAAACUUCCAUUUUUUCCAGUGUUUAGCAUUUCUAGUGAACAAUGAAUAUAUUUUGGGGUUUUUUUGUUUUGUUUUGUUUGAUAGGUGAUAACGACAUUAUUGAUGAGCCAUACGUGACUGCUGAUUAUUUUGAAUUAUAUUAAAUAUGCAGAACUAAAAUAUUAAAAUUAACAUUUAUAUCAAAUUUUCCAAUUUGAGUCAAUGGGGGCUGGAGACACACAAAUCACUAACUUUACAUUUUCAGCUUCUAUAUUAUUUUACUACAUAGAAAAAGAGAUUCUUUAAAAAUGUGUAAUCUGCCAGUACUAUGUAAUUUGGUUUCAUUUUGUUUACCUAUAGUGUGAAUUUAGUGUAUUUAAUUUACUUUUUGUUACUCUUAAUAUACUGUUUGUUUUGUUACAGUUUUUAAUUGAAGAUGGACUGUUAAAAUUUCAUAGGACCAGUGUUUCCUCAAUAUGAUUAAUAUAGUUAGAAGACCUGCAAGAAAUCCAUGACAAAAUGAAUGUGAAUUACUUUCUAAAAUAUUUAGAAAAUGUUCUCUCUGCAUUUAUCAUGUAAAAUUAUUUUAGUAUUAAAUACUGAAAUUUAUUUAAAGAAAAAUGCCACAAAACAUUUGAACUAAUGAGCCACAGAAUGUCAGUUGAAAUUUUUUUCACUUUUUAGCAUGCUAAAUACACACCUAAGUGAAAUAUUCUGAUUGAUGACCAUUCAUAAAGUCAGACAUGACCACUGGCCAGUUUUGUAUAAUAGAAUAAAAAUAUGUUACCUGCAGUGUAAGUACAGCACACUGUCAAUUUCUUUUCCUUUAAGGUGCAUCGUAAAUGUACAGAUAGUCAUAGGCUACUGUUUUGUAAUGUAUUACAUUUCUAAUCUAUUAUUCUUAACCUAUUAUUAUGUUUGCAGAGAUGAAAAGUUGAAUUUUUCUAAUGAUCUGUAAAAUUAUGCUAACUUCUACAAGUAGGCAUUCUAAAUAAAAUUUUUAAA